AGCUCACAACUGAUGCUAAUUCUCGUAAUCGCUUGUUCUGCAAUGGCUGCCCUUUUUCAACACAAACCCCUGAAGAAACAUUCCUUUGGAAAAGGCAAGUCUAACAUAGAGAGAAAACAGAAUGGCAUCAGCUUUACCUGUAUCUUGUCCACCACCAUUGUUUGACUGUGACAUUAGGGAACCCGCCGAAUUUCCUAUUCCUUUUGAGUCAACAUUGUUUACUAGAAAUACCUGUCUCUUGUCCAAUGCCAUCACCAUCAUCACCACCAUGACCAUCACCAACAUCAUGACCAUCACCGACAUCAUGACCAACACCAACAUCAUGACCAUCACCGACAUCAUGACCAACACCAACAUCAUCAUCACCCUCAUGACCAGCACCAUCACCACCAUGACCACCAACACCAUCACCACCAUGACCACCAACACCAUCACCACCAUGACCACCAACACCAUCACCACCAACACCAUCACUACCAUCACCACCAACACCAUUACCACCAUGACCAUGACUUCCAUAACCAAGUCCAUCUACAUGCCCAUCAUCACCACCAUCAUUACCAUGUUCAUCAUCACAAUCACUUGUCAUUCGGAAAUACCUUUCUCUUGUCCAAUGCCAUCAUCAUCAUCACCACCAUCAUCACCAUGCCUUUGACCACCAUUAUCGUCACCAUCAUCAUCACCAAGUCCAUCAUCACCACCAUCAUCACCAUGCCCAUCAUCACCGUCAUAAUUUGUCAUUUGGGUAAUCUGUGACUUUACAGAUUCUGCAUUACAUAAGAUUAGGCAAUCUUUAAAAUAAUGUCUGUUUGCCCUCUCCCAACUCAGGGUAAGAAAUUGGGUCAGUAAGUAGGUGAGAAAAUUUUUUUCCCCUAGAAGACUUAAACAUACAUAUGGACAGGAUGAACAAAUCCAGGAAUAAAAAAAAUAUAUAUCGUUUCCUAGAGGUAAAAAAUAGUUCUAAGUCAAGUCGUCUUUAGUCAGUCGGUUGGGAGAGGGCAAACAAACAAUUUUUUAAGAAUGGCCUUGUAAGAUAUAUGAUGAUAAUCUGACAAGGAACCUAUCUGUACUGGUAUUUAACUAUUUAAUUGAUAUGUUAAUUUAUAGGAGAUAUUAAU